AUGGUCUCUUUUCCGGGGAUUUUUAUGGCUCCUUUUAAAUUUGCAAUUUUUUGAUUUUUUACCACUGUAAACCUGGUCUGAAGGAUCAAAGCUCAAAAGAAAAGGUUAUUUUAAUGAUAAGUAUUAUUUGCAUAUUUAAAUAUUCUUUAUCCUGUGGAAUGAAACGUAAUAUAUCGAAUAUUUUUGUUGCAUUUUGCGUCUCCAGAGUGAAUCAUUUUUAAUGUCGACGUUUUGGUUAAUUGUCUUUAUUCAAUGUUUUGUUCAAACAAUUGGCAAUGACUUAUGAAUAAUACUUUGGCACGGGUAAGUUAACGAUGCAUGAUAUAAUUAUAAACAAUAUACUUCAGGACUAAAUGGAUUAUUGACUUCAUAUGUCAAAUAUGUAUAAUAUACACACACAUACUCGGAAUAAAAGCUUUCCUAUUUCGUAAAAUUGGCAACGUUUAUAACACUAGAUAUUUUGCUAUGCUGGAAUUCAAAUUAUUGUGAAUACAACAAUUUCAAAACGUAGGAAGUCGCUUCUUUUCAAAUUUCGCUUUUGUUUUGAAUUCAAUGGCUAUGUCUACAUUCGCACCUUUGGUGGUAUUUUAAAAACAGACGGCUACAGCUGUAAGAGCACAAUUUCUUUGCUUUUGUGACUCUGUUGCUGAAACAAAUAAUUUUGAAAGGAAAUAGGAGGAAAUAUAUAUUAAACUUUCUUUUAUAUGCCAGCUGUUUCAAAUUAAUUCAAAAUUUGUACUUGGCAUAUUUCUAAGUUUAUACUAUUGAUAUAUAUAAUUUUAUGACAUGUAUAAUUUGGGAGGAACAGUCAAAUGCAACUUGUCAAAAAUGACCCAGUGCGGAUACAUGAUUUUCCAUGAGCCAUUGGCUGAUACAGUUGUACAAGGUUAUUAAUUUCCCAUGUUGUAGUUUGACGUAAAGUGCAUUUGAUUUUCAAAACUCUUACCAAAAUUUUAGCAAAUUUUUCAAGAAAUGAAAGAAAAUAACUUCCCACCUACUUUAUUGUAACCUAUUGAGCACCUGUGCUCUCCUCUUGACAAGUAAAAUUAUCUGGUUUUAGACAGAAUAAAACAAUAAAGUAGGCCGCAUUUGGGGGUAAAUAUUCAGGCCAGCCUUGCCUCACAUCCGAAAUUAGUAUUCUAUUGCCUUCCUGAGUAAAAGAUUACAAAAACAUAAACAAGACAUUCUAUUAUGUCUUAAGGCCCGUUUAAGGCCUUAAUGUUAACCCAUUAAGUUGCAUUGCACCCUACUUUAUUAUUCUACUCUAUCUAAUGCCAGAAGAUUUUACUCGUCAAGGGGAGAACACUAGUUGACUAGUGCUCAGUGGGUUAAUCUAGGAUGCCCACAUUGGGUAUUCUUUUGAUAUUUUAACUCUUUACUAAAGCUCAAAGAUGGACCAUGAAUUGCUUCACAAUGAUCGAGGAGACUAUGAUCUGAGAUUGAGUAAUAAAGUGAAGAAAGACAAAGAUAAGACUGAACCAGGUUAGGUCUUAAGCGAUACGUCACUGCCGGCAAUAGAAGCUAUGUAUAGUACAUCUUUUGUUGGGGUAUAUUGGUAGCACUGAGACUUGGGUUAAGGCCAGUUUACACUUGCAAUUUUUGCUGUGAUUUGAACGAGUAUUUUGAUGGAAGUGAAACAAGUAGAUGAAUUAUCAUUGUUCUGAGUAUAUAUGUACUCUCAUCUGAACAUUCAUAACAAAUUCAUAUUCAUCAGAAGAAUUGAAAAUCACACCGAAAAUCACUGCAAAAAUUGCAAGUGUAAACAGACAUUUAGAUUCCUGCAUUGUGCAGUUAUGUGAUUCACAGGGAAAAAAUGAAAUAGCCAUUAAUAAAUAAUGGUGAAUAAUUAAACAUAGUUUUUUCCAAUUGCAUGUCAAGAAUGCUUCCUGUUCUCUACCAAAUGCUGAUGGUUUUACUAUAUGUAUUUCGCUUUUCUCCAGCAGUAACAGUGGAUGGUUGUUACUCUUAAUUUCUAUUUCUGAACAGGUCCCUAAUCAGGCUGUCCAAAAUUGCGGUAAUCAAACCUGGGUUACCACCGUGUUGCAGCAAACUUUGUUUUGCGGCAACUUAAUUUGGUUUCCCUAAAGUAAGGCGUAAAAAAAAAACUGGUUCCGGUUUCAUAUUGUGAAAAAAUUAGGGUCGGUAGGUCGGAAAUAAUUUUUUUUUGAAUAUUUUUUUCAUGGUUUUGGCGGUUUUUUGCUGGGCGAUUUGCAGUAGAGUCCCAACAUCAAUAUUAACUAGAGAUGCGUAUUUCCUAUGGACGAAUUUAGGCAAUUGGUUCAAUAAUUAGUGUGACAACAGACGCCAUUUUGGCACGCUGUACGAGCAGCCCGCAACCACCUGGAGAAAAUAGUGUCGCACGGUCAAUUGCGUUGAAAAAAUAAUAGGGUCGGUCGGGAACCGGAACCACAGGUAUUUUUUUUACGCCUAAUGUAAGUCCGUAAUAUGGCUGAACAGUUUAGAACUGAUACAUUAAAAAUAAGUUACUAUAGUUUAGGUUUCCUCCUGUGAGACUGGACAAUUAAGAGAUGUGUCUUAAUGUACCUCUAGGGAGAACAGUUUAGAACUGAUAAAGCUAUAUCCACUCAGUUUAACACAAGUUACUAGUUUACACAAAUAGCACACAGAAAUUUAUUCUUUCAGCUGAACGCAAGAAAUGGAAUUUCCGAAAAACAAGUACACCUGACGCAAUUGGCAGUGAUGGGCCUUUUGGUCUGAUCAACCAGUCGUCUGAAACUAGAUCGAAGAGAACUGUUUCUCCAACCAUGAUAUUUGAAAAUGCACUUAGUGACCACGAUGAACCAAAUGAUGUACAAGUCAAGUCACCACCAACGUCACUAAACCUCUCACAAUCACUAAACCUAUCACAAUCCCCUAAAACUCCAAGCGUAGAUCAACAACAAGGCACGAAGAUAACAAGAGUAAGACAAAGGUCACUACCAACAAGUACAAGUCCCCCUGCAAUGAUCAACAGACCACAGUCUGUGCGAAAACCAGGAGAACGCCUUUUACGUCAAGUGUCUGUACCAGCCAGACAACAUCCUCCAACAACAUUGCAACAACAAUCACUAACAUCACCAAUACAAGGUAAACUAUAUAGCCUCAUUUGCAUUCAAAGACAAAUCUCCAUUCUUUCAUUUAUUCACAGGGCUUUCAGAAUUAUUCUGAGUAGGUGUCUGUUUUGAUAAAGUAGGUGGCUGUUGGGAGGAGGCAGUAUAGUCUUAAAGUCAUUAAAAAUUAACUAGUGUAUAUUGAUUGGAUAGCAACACAACUGAGAUCUGUAACCAAAUUAUAAUGUAUCACAUACUUUCAUUCUUCAACAAGAUAACUUCAAGAUUUAAGAUGGCAAAUAACUAAUUAAGUCGGUUUUAUGAAAAAGUAUGUCGUUUCGAAAAUAAACGGGCUAUAAAUUAGACCAGGUUGACGAAAAAUAACUUGAAAGCUUAGAAUGGAGAAAGGAGAGUAGAAUUGAUAUUUCAAGCACUAAACAAAGUAACCGUCAGUAAACCUUGUGGCAACCUUAUUUUGAAAGCCCUGUAUUCAGAAAGGUAUUAUAGUGUACUAAUUUCUCGACAAAGGGCCUUCGCUUGAGGUUCUGCUUGUUUUUUUUCAGGUAGUUAUCUAUCUGUCACAGCACAGCUGUUUAUAUAAUUUAUUGCUGUAUCACUGCAAGUAGCUGUGAUAUAAAUUAUGUAUAUUCAACCAAUUAUUUUGAAAUUUUUGUCUCUUUCAGAGAGACCAGAUCUUACGAAAACAAUCAGUGAUCUACAAACAAGUAACCAAUGGCAAUCAGUACAACAACCAUACUUCACUCCAGAUAGUUUACCUAAUGUAAUUGAAAAACCUCAAGAAAAUCAACCUCACAGAGCCAGGGCUCUCUCAGACAAAGGUCAGUAGAGCAAAUUUUGUUAUAUGGUACAUGUAUUUGCAUUGGACAUAUAUUUGCAUUGGAAGUGUGUUCAUGUAUGGUAGAUUCUCAUCAACCUAUAAAUUAAUUUUUACAUAGAGGUACCAUUUUAAGGAUAUUAAGGCAUUCAGACAUAAUCUACCUGACAGAACUGUCACAUACCUGUAUAUGUAUGUAUCAAUUUUACUGUAGACAUAAUUGUAACAUUUAUCAUAAGAAUUAAUUAUUGUCUACUUGGUGUAACAAAUUAUUACCAGUACUCUAAAUUCCACCACAAUUUCAUGUACAUUUGCCAACACAUUGCUACAAUCUUAAAACCAUACACAAUUGCAAAUAAAAUUUUAAAACUCUUAACAUAUGCCACCAUGUUUUUUAUGCAAAUGCCACAUAUGGCAACUAGUUUCCAAUCUCCUAAUUUUUCAUAUGCAAAGCACUGCUAAAAAAUAUUGAGUUAAUUUCUUACUUAACAAGACAAGUAUGUAGAAGGGAUCAAUUCUGAUUUCAUGUUUGUUUAGUGAAGGUACAGGUAAUCCUUUUCAGUGCAUUUGGGUAUCUUUGAAAAUCUCCAUUUUAUUAGCGUGUAGUAUCGAGAUUGUUUUCAUUGUAUGAUGUACUUUUUAUAUUGUGGCUGUGUUGUUGGUAAUCAUUUCAAAACAGGAAACUACUUAAAUGCUACUUUAGUUUUACAUUUAAGAGUUUUAAAUAUUGGUCAGUGAAUGUUAUGUUCACAUGUCUGUUUCAUUUACACUUUAUAUCCUUGUAUCUUAAUAAUUGUUAGAACUGUACAGGGGGUAUUUAUUUACAUGCCUGCAUGUGAUUGGGAUAACUUUUAAAACAAUUUAUGAAACUCAUACAUACAUAUAGUAUGCAUACAUAAAUGAUAUUAUUUUGAAAAAUGUAACUGCAUGAACUAAGGUGUUCAUUGAAACGCUGUUAUGAUAACCCAUGUUGCACAUACUGAGAGCAAGUAUGUAAUAUUCUAAGUAGCUGUUUAUAUGGAAGCCGGGCUGUCCCACUUAGCGAGAUGUCCCAGUAAGCGAGAUCUCGCUGUGUAGUUAUUUGUAAAGUAAAAAUCACUGUGUGUUUAUAUGGACAAGAAGGCAUUUCUCGGAUGCCAAGGUUUGCUUGAAAGUGGUGAGAUCUUGCUUACCAGGAUGAGCAUUUAUCCAUACCAACACUCACAAGCGGGCUGGCCUAGUUACCAGGAUGAAAGUUCAAAGAUGCUGCUGCAAGAUAUUUUUAACAACUGUCAAAACAAUGUCAAAACAAAAAAAUUGUUAGGGCAAGCGGGAUCAUGAAAUUUUCUCGUAUUAUAAACACAAGAGAAAUUCAUCCCACUAAAUGGGUUGUCUCGCUAAGCAGGCCAGCCCGGCUUUCAUAUAAACAGCCCCUAUGUCUAGUCGCAAGUUUUGUAUCCAAUUUAUUGCACAAAAUAUUUUGAUGCCCCCCCCCCCCCAAUUGAAUACUUAGAUAUUUCUGGUUCUAUGCAUUGCAUGUGAACUUGGAAGAUGAUAUAAUUCAAAUUCAUCGAAUCCCAUGUACAUGGAGAGCCUUAUACAUCUGUUUACUUUUUUCUCUUUUAGAUACAACAGGAGUAGAGACAGUGGAUGAUAAUAGGAAUACAAUGUGGCAAGGAAAUCAAGACACGAGUCAUGGUAAUUGGACAGACUUUUUAUCACCAUCGAACGAAGUCUUUGUUCCAGAUGAUCGAGCUUGGGCUGGAAACGAAAAUGUUGUUGUUGAUGUUGAAGAUGACGGUGACGUGGCUCCAGGGUGGGUUGGAAAUUCUUUUUAUGACAUGCACUUUACAUGAAAUGUUUAAAUUCUAUGAUGCAGCAUGAUUGCAGGUUCAUCUGACCACCAGCUGGUGUCCAACAUUUGUAUUAAACCAGUACAUUAUCUCUUUCUAUGUAGGAAUGUAAGCCACUCAUCUCGCUCUUCCAACUCGUCAGAAAGCGAAAAUGAAGACACAGAGGAAAGUGUUUGGAGAAUUAAUGAAGAGCAGAGGGCAUAUUAUCUUAAUCAGUUUCGAAUACUUCAGCCUGCUGAGAAAGGUGUUUUGGCUGGUGAGUCAUAUUCCAGUGACUACCUAGGGUCACUAGGCUGGGUAGUGCUAUCCGGCCCUUAGAUAGUGAUUUUUUCAACAUUUCUAAAAAUGCUUGAAAAGCUGUGAAACCAUGUAUAUGGACCUUGUAAUUAGCCAUUCCGAAGUUGAUGAGUGGACUGGGGACGAGUGUUAAAAAGUGGCCAAAUUAAGAAAUUAACUAAAUCACUAAAAAGACCACCUCAAAAUUAGUAAGUAUACAAAGUUUGAAGACGUUUACAUGAAUACCCUUCGAAUAAUAAGCUUUCUUUUUAGUGAUUUGGUUCAUUUCUUAAUUUGGCCACUUUUUAACACUCGUCCCCAGUCCACUCAUCAACUUCGGAAUGGCUAAUUGAUAAAAACUAUGCCAAUCAACAGCUAAAUCCAGCCUUCAUAUACUGUAAUAUAUACGGUCCCAGUUAUAUAAUUAGCUGUUGUUAUUUGUACAUAUAUAUAUGUAUAUAUAUAUAUAUAUAUAUAUAUAUAUAUAUAUAUAUAUAUAUAUAUAUAUAUAUAUAUAUAUAUAUAUAUAUAUAUAUAUAUAUAUAUAUAUAUAUAUAUAUAUAUAUAUAUAUAAUACUGUGCAAUAAAUUCUCCCUCAUUCUUGUGAAAAUAUGCAAGUGGUACAAUCACAAUACAAUGACUGUUCAACUUGUCUUGAUGAAUAAUUAGUCUCCCAUCAUGUGUGACCAAAGCUUGGGUUGGUUUGACCAGGUUUUCAGGAUUCAUUCAACUCUGCUGUUCAAACUCUAUCAAUUUUUUUAGGUCAAAAAGCAAGAAACUUUUUCCUGAAAUCUGAAUUAGCAACUGAUGUCCUAUCAAAGAUAUGGUAAACAUUUUUUAUCAGUUAUGUGUGGUUCUGUUAUCCAUUGCCAGGUUUUUUUUCAGGGAUUUUUUAGGAUCGUAAAACGGCCCCAAAAACUCAAUCUUCUCACCAAAAGAUUCAGUGCAGUAAAAAUGAAGUUGUUUGUUUGAGUUAAAUUUGUGACAUGUGGAAAUUAGAUUUCAGUUGGAAACCUGACAAUCAGGAAAAUAUGGCUGGAAUUCAUUUCAAAACACAAGAAAAAACAACGCAAUCGCCAUCUUUAACCAGUUUAUAGUGUCUGUUUUAACACAUUACCUCUCAACUACACUUAUUGGGUACACGUGUCAGCCUCCCGCAGCUACCCCUGACCCACAGCUGUUCAGCUAAACUCAGUCUUCUCUGCAAAAACAGACGACCCAAGAGAAAAUCCGGAAAAAACCCUGAUCGCUAUAACCAACUAUCAGCUAAAUACAUGUCAGAAUAGCUGUGUUCUGUCUACAAUAGUUCACAAGAAGAUUAUGUGAAGUAACGUUCACUCAUUGAGCUCAAUCAAAAUUAAGAUUGAAAUGUAGCAAUUAAGUGAACCACAAGAAUUUCCAUUUGGCACAUUAGGAUAGGAUUCUCUAUAUUUCUUUUCCAGGAACUUGGCCGACCUGGACAAUGACGGUGCACUCAACUUUCAGGAAUUCUGUAUUGCGAUGCAUAUUGUUGUUGCUGUUCGACAUGGCUUGGAAGUCCCUGCUACCUUACCACAGUACCUGGCACCUGAGAAAUAUGAAACACAAGGUAAAAUUAGAGAAUUCCCAUUAUAGACUCAUUUUAAAACUAGGCGCAAUCACCACUAGACGCAAUCACCACAAGACGCAUUCACCACAGCCAGAACAAACAUACUAAAAUGAGUAAAAUUGCAAAGUUUGGUUGCAAAAUGUUGUAAAAUAGGGAAAAUGUAGCCUUGCAAAGUUUGCAAAUUUUGUAUGCCAUUUUCGGCCCAAAUAUGGUAACAAUUUCCACACGCAAUACAAAAGUAUAAAAUUUGCGAACUUCGCAAGGCUAUAUUUUCCGCAUUUUACAACAUUUCGUAACCAAACUUUGCAAUUUUACUCAUUUUAGUACGCUCUUUUCGAGAUUAUACUUUUUUCGCCAAGAUAAAAAAUUAGUCUAUGAUGGGAAGAAUUAUUUUCAUUAUGUCUUUACACAAAAGAUGGUAAAUUUUGUACUAAGGAGUUAGUCUGUCUUGCAGCUGUCGCACCACAAAUGGUUGAAACAAACAGUAAUGAACUGUCACUGCAAGAUUCAUCUCAGGUAAAUACAUCUGUUUUGAUCCUACAGCUAGGCAAAAGGCUUGCUUUAUGGUGCAGUACUUUAACCAUGUAAUUGAAUACUUUUUUAUUUUUAAUGACCAGUCGUGGGCUAGAUUUUCACCGGAUCCUCGAAAUGAAAUGUCUGAAACUGACGGACGAACGGUAUGUUGAUUCCCGAUAUGAAAAAUUAGAAUUCCAUUUGGUAUUUCGGCCAAUUACCAAUUGGAAUGAGUUUUUCAAUCCGAAAUUCAAUGGAUUCCAACAGGAAAAUUUAAAUUUCUAUUGGAAUUUCCAAUUGUUUCCAAUCGGAAUUUGGGCCACUUUGCAAUAGAAAUUCCCAUUGGAAUUCCAAAUGGAUUUUUAAUUUUUUGUAAUUUAUAUAUAGAGAAUAAUACAUGGGUGCGCGGAAAUACCAGAUUUAUUUCGAGUGUUAAACAUGAUAUCUUACUAGUCAUCAGCGCAGCGAACGAGUGACAUAUCAUGUUCAACACGAGAAAUAAAUCUGGUAUUUCCAAGCAUCCAUCCUUUAUUAUAUAAAGGACAGUCUUUGAAAGGGAUAAUUUUUACGCAAAAGCGAUAAUUUUCGCAUGUAAAAUUAUCAAAAAUAAUCUCACAUGUGAGAUUAUCAGUUUUAUCAGUGCUCGAAAUCUCUAUAAAGCACUAUACUUUAUGUAAUAAAAGGAAAUAAAAAAUAACUUUCUUAUGUUCUUUUUCGUUGCAAUCAAGUUGUAUUUUACAUUUUGUAUACUCUUUCAAUAUAUAGGCUCAACCAGUUGGUUCAACGGCUCAGCCAGGCACACAACACGCUCAGCCAGAAGGUCAACACGUUCAAUCCCAUGGUCAACACGCUCAUCAGCCAAGCCAACAUGCUCUCCAGACCAGCCAGCACACUCAACAACUUCGACAGCACCCACAAGCUGGCGGUGAGAUCACGCAACAUAAUCAACAACCCACACAACCUGUUGUACAACAUGAACAACCAGUUACACAACCCUCCCCACAAGUCCAACAACAACCCGCAACCCAACAUCCAUCUCUUCAACGAACUAUGUCGGAUCCUAGCACCAUAGAUGAAAACGCAACUAAGGACAAUAGCAGCACUCACACACCUCGCAAAAUCUCACUUGGUAUACCUCGGGUUAGGGGACAACCCAAACAAACUAACUUAUUAGACACACCACACUGGGCUAUCCUUCCUCCACCUAGUAAAUUCACCAAAGAUAACCCGGAGGAAACUGGUAAGGGAAACCAGUUUGUCCCGACUGGAACAAUAAUCCCUGCCGACCCGGAAGAUCACUCCGAACAGGUUAAACUUGAAAAACCGGAUCAAGUGGACCGGACCAGGGAUUCAGAAUCAGACUCGAGCUCAAGUGAAACUGAACAAACAGUUAAUAAAGAAAGACCAAAGUCUUUAUCACAUGAGGUCGAUGAUUCGGAAUCAUCUCUGUCUAAGAACAGUAGUGCGAAUUCAUUACGAGUUAGUCAAGAUUCAGUUGAUGGCGGGAAGAAAAUGCCAGCACCUGUUCCUCCGCCCAGGAGAAGAUCUGGUCAUUCAAGAUCAUCUUCGUUGGAUUUACAGAAGUUAUUUAAUAAAGGUAGGUAAAUAAACGAAACUGAACAAAACAAAAUUAACUCAAUCUUAACUUUCUUGCCAAGACCUGGUUACUCCUUCCUUUUUUAACUAUGUUUUUUUUUCUUCAUUUUUGUAGGCGGGAAUACUGCUUCACUGCAGGUAAUAUUUUGAAAAUAAUAUUUUGGAAACACAUCGUGAAACUCAGCAGUAUUAUUUUACAUUAUAUAAUAUUUGGGUUUUUUUCUCAGAAUGUCACAGAUUAUGCCAAGGAAUCCACGCGGGAAACUCAAGAAAAUUUUGCGAAUUUUGAUGAUUUUAAUAAAUUUGAAAACACAACCGCUUCUCAUUCCAAUGAGAAUAUCGCACGAUUCAGUCAUAAAAGGUCCGCUUCGUUGGAUAGUGCACAUGUAAGUAGGAAAUUUAUCCAGCGAAAAGAUGCAGCUAAUUCAAUUUUUCAUUAUAAUUCUAAAUUUUUGAAGUUCAAACAGUACGUAUGUUUUAUAUACUGGUUUCGACCUAUCUGUUGACCUACGUAUUAACGUUCAGUGUUGUCUUUUCGUGCUUAGAGAUCGAUGUUCUGUGGUUGACCCUCAAAACACAACGUUUGAAUUUUGCUGUACACUUGUAAUAUAGUAGCUAGCCUGCGUAGCGUCACUUCAAUAACAUAAAGCGACUGCUACACAGGCUAUUUUGUAGCCUGAAUUUCAGACGGCCUUAAUAUAGAUGUGUCUUGUUAUUAAAAUAUGUAUAAUACUGUUUGGACUUCAAUGAUUUGGAUUCUUGCACUUCACUUGGUGGAAUUAAUAUUAGAAUGUUAGGGUUUGUAAUCCAAGUGAGAAUAUAUACAUUUUAAUAUUAAUUCCACCAAGUGAGGUGCAAGAAUCCAAAUCAUUGAAGUCCACCUUAUCACAACCCGCACACCCGAUUACCUAUAUAUACAUGAACUUACGGUUACAGCUUAACAGCUGACCUCUGUAGCUCAGUUGGUUAGAGCGCUGCACCGGAAUCGCAGGGCCGUAGGUUCAAUUCCUACCAGAGGACCUUGUGCUGCAUUUUUCGCAGUCGUUCCUGGUUAGGUCUUAAAAUGUAUAUAUUCUCACUUAUAAUACUGUUUUGCUUUUUUCCCGCCAACAGGCUCUGUUUGUGGAACCAAGUCCUCAGCCUGCUAUUGUUGAAAAUGUUGAAGGUUAGAUAUAAUCUUGAACUGUCUUUGCCAGUGUGGGUAGUGCCAUUCAAAUGAACAAGCUUUCGUUGGUAGAAAUGCAACUACCUGAAAAAUAUAAGGAGAAUUUCAAUAUAUUUUCAGGUAGUUUUAUCCCUACUCAACGAAAGCUUGUUCAAGGUUUGAUAUACAUUGUUUAAAAUAUUCUGGUUUAUGCAGUGUGCUAUGCAGUGGUCAUAGCACGUUGUGUAAAUAGUAGCUUCAACAGUUAUAUAGAGAUGUUCUUCUUUAAUUCAGCUAAAGAUUCCCCAAGCGUUCGGCCUGAAGUUUCGGCGUCACUACCAAGACCAGUUCCUAAAAAGGUAUGCAUUUAAAUUGUAAUUAUUGUUCACAGUUCGCUCAUCAUCAUGUUAUUGCUAAAAUUAGUGUAUCUCAUUUUGUCUCUAUUAAUUUUUGCUUUAUCAUGAAAAAUAGCAACCCCCCCCGGUAACCCCUCGUUUUCCCUCAUAGAACUAUCCAGUAUACAUACAUGCAGUAAAGUUAGUUUAAAUGUAUUUUAUCAUUAUAGAAACCAGCGAGUCCUCCACCACCAUUGUUGAACAAACAGAAGAAAGAAGGUCAACAAGUCGACAGUGGAUCUGACAAUGUGAUUGAAAAAGAGAAAAAGUCGUCUAAAGAACCCAUUCACUUUGUUGUCAAGUAAGUUUCAAUGAAUAUCAUCAUCAUGUAAUAUUUUUAUUUUCUUGACGUGAACAUUUCUUUGUGUUUAGGCCAUUAACAAGACUCGAGCAACUUCACGCUAAAAUUCGAGAUUUGAAGACAAAGAAUACACGAUUAUCAAGGAUAAAUAACGAACUGCAACAGGAAUUAAAAGAGGUAACAAAUAUCUACCAGACCUUAAGUUAGGUUUCUUAAGAGUUACGAUUCUGUAAAAUAUAUGUAAAAUGUUCCUCAAUGUUACAAAUGCAAAUGUUCCUCAUUUGAAGUUUUUAGAGCGAUCGCCUUUCACCUCUGAAAUCGUGGGCUCUUGUUCCGGACUCAUCACUCAUGAUACUGGUGUAAAAUGAGUCAGUCGGAUACUCUGGUUUCCUCUUAACCUGUUAGCUAUGCAGACUAGUUUCCUCUUACAGGGAAUUCUAACCCUUCUAUCCUAGCUGUGUUCCGUUCCGUGAUGCGACCAUGCAUUGGUCAUGGCGUUCUUCAUAAUUCACCUCAGCCCUCAGCUACAAGUGAAGGCCUGUUUACUCUUGCAAUUUCUAGUGCGAUUUUCCUCUUAUGAUGAAUGUGAACGCGUUAUGAAUGUUCAGAUGAGAGUACAUAUACUCAGAACAUUAAUAGCUCGUUCACACGCAUCAGAAGAGCAAAAUCUCGCUAGAAAUCGCAGCAAAAAUUGCAAGUGUAAAGUGCGAUUUUCUCCUUCUGAUGUAUGUGAACUAGCAGAUGAGUUACAAAUGUUUGGAGUACAGUAACCCUCAUCUGAACUUUCAUAGCUCAUCCACUCGUUCACAUCCAUCAGGAGAAGAAAAUCAGCGGCAAAAAUUGCAAAUGUAAUCGCACCUCCCUAUUUCCACUUACCAAAUGUUUUGCCGUAUGUCUUAUCAACAUUUCAUUUUCUUUACAGAUGAUGGAAAAACGAGUCGGUCUCGAAAGCUCGCUGGAACAGUUAAAGCCAUUCGCCAAGUGAUUUCAAAAUGGAGAUGAAAUGAUUUUUUCGAGUUUUCUAAACUUUGCUUAAAAAGCACGAAAUGAUAGCGUAUUGUACGGAGGUUUUUGAAACUUUUGGCUUCAACAAUUCACCAUUUGCCUUCAGUGGUGGCUUAGAAAAGAACACAAGACUAUUGCUGGAUAGAUGAUGAUUUAAAAAUUGACCCCUGGGAUUUCUAUUUUGAACUUACAAAUUGUAAAUUUCAGUAGUUAAUAUUCAUAAUAAUUCUUGUUGAUUCCUAGCUUUUAAUGUGCCACCAAAGAAAUUGCCAAUAUAGUGAAUUUAUUUAUUUUAGCGUAAGUUUUCAAUAGAGGCCAUGUAAUAAUUUGUAUAUAAAACAAAUAAUGACAGAUCUUUAUUACUUUGGUUGCAUUGGUGAC